AUGUCGGCGGCGGCGGGAGGAGAGGGGGAGACGGUGCGGGCGUCGCACGUCCUCAUCAAGCACCAGGGUUCCCGCCGCAAGGCCUCCUGGAAGGACCCCGACGGCCGUAUCAUCUCCGCCACCACGCGCGCCGACGCCGCCGCGCGCCUCCUUGACCUCCGCAACCAGAUCCUCUCCGGCCAGGCCAACUUCGCCGACCUCGCCGCGCGCCACUCCGACUGCUCCUCCGCGCGACGCGGCGGGGACCUAGGUACCUUUGGGAGGAAGCAGAUGCAGAAACCAUUUGAGGAUGCCACAUAUGCCCUCAAGGUUGGUGAGCUCAGCGAGAUCGUGGACACUGACAGUGGGGUUCACAUCAUCCUGCGGACUGCCUGA